ACUCUGUAUAUCAUUAUUUAUAUACAAAGACAUUUCAACCAUCCCUGCUUUCCAACCAGGCAACCCUGUCUUUAUUGCCACGAUCCAUCCACUUGUUCCUCUCUCUCUCUGGGAGAGACCUGCAGUCAAAGGUGCUUCUGGUGUUUUGGGUUUUUAAUUUUAAUGUAAAGAUCAAAGAGCAGAUCUAAGAGGAGCCAAAUGGAUAUUCAUCAUUUGGCAAGUUCAAACUCCAACGCAAACAGCCUGCUGCCUCACUACUGCAUCAUUUUUUUCCUUGCAUUCGCAUUCUUCGCUGCCACUGGAUUUGCAGCCACACCGAAGCUCCACAGCGCUGAAGUGAAGGCAUUGAGGGAGAUAGGGAGGAAGCUGGAGAAGAGAGAUUGGGAUUUUGGGACAGACCCCUGCAACGGGAAUGGAGAAGGAAACUGGACUGUGGCUUCCACUGUGAAGGGCAUCGAGAGCAAUGUCAGCUGUCACUGCCACUUCCGCAACCAAACCGUCUGCCAUGUCGUAAGCAUAGCUCUAAAAGCCCAGAAUCUAUCAGGAGUUGUGCCACCAGAGUUUUCCCAGUUUCGCUACCUCCAGAAUCUUGAUCUCAGUCGCAACCUCCUCAGGGGAUCCAUACCUCCUCAAUGGGCUACAAUGCGCUUGCUCGACCUCUCCUUGAUGGGCAAUCGAUUGUCAGGCCCAUUCCCGAAAGUCCUUGCCAACAUUACCACACUCACAAACUUGAGCAUUGAAGGAAAUCUCUUUUCGGGUCCUCUUCCUCCAGAGAUACAAACAAUGGUCAAUUUACAAAAAUUGAUUCUAUCAUCGAACGCCUUCUCAGGACAAUUACCAGUUAAACUUGCGAAAUUGACGAACUUGACUGAUAUGAGGAUAAGUGACAAUGAUUUCUCAGGGAAGAUACCCGCUUUCAUCAGCAAAUGGACAAAGAUGGAGAAACUGCAUAUGCAGGGUUGCUCUCUUGAAGGGCCCAUACCUUCUAGCAUCUCUGCCUUGACAAGCUUAAUUGAUCUGAGGAUUAGUGACUUGAAAGGUAGAACAUCUAAAUUUCCACCAUUGAGUAAUAUGGAAUCAAUGAAGACAUUAACACUGAGGAAAUGUUUACUUUAUGGAGAGCUCCCAAAAUUUAUUGGUGAUUUGAAAAAUUUGAAAAACUUAGAUCUCAGUUUCAAUAACUUGACUGGUGAAAUUCCAGCGUCCUUCAUCCAACUAUCAGAAGUAGAGUUUUUGUAUUUGACAGGAAACAAGCUUACUGGACAUAUUCCUCAAUGGAUCUUAGGAAGAAACAAAAAUGCGGAUGCUUCUUUUAACAAUUUCACUUGGGAUAGCUCAAGUCCAGAUGAAUGUCCUCGAGGAAGUGUAAACUUAGUUGAGUGCUACUCCUCUUCAGUAAAUAAACAAAGAAAAGUUGAUGCAUGCCUAAAGAACAACUUCCCAUGUAAUGCGUCACACAAACAAUAUGGUUAUUCAUUGCACAUUAAUUGUGGUGGUAGGGAAACAAUUGUGGAUGGAAAAACCAGCUUCGUAGCUGAUUUAGAACAAAGAGGUGCUUCAAUGUUUUACCGGGGUCAGAACUGGGCACUUAGCAGCACUGGGAACUUCAUGGACAAUGACAUUGAAUCAGAUACCUAUAUUGAAACAAACAAGUCUGCUCUUUCCAAUGUCUCUUCACAAGAUUCAAAAUUGUACAUGACAGCACGUGUUUCUCCUCUCUCACUCACUUAUUAUGGACUGUGUCUCAUGAAUGGGAAUUACACUGUCAAACUCCACUUUGCGGAGAUCGUUUUCACAAAUGACAACUCGUUUAAUAGUCUCGGGAAGCGUAUAUUUGAUGUUUACAUCCAGGAAGAGUUGGUCCUGAAAGAUUUUAAUAUUGAAACUGAGGCCAGGGGAGCUGGUAAGCCCAUUGUAAAGAAUUUUACUGCAUUUGUGGUGAAGAACACACUGAAGAUCCAAUUUUAUUGGGCUGGAAAAGGGACUAUGGGCAUUCCAGCUCGAGGAGUUUAUGGUCCCCUCAUAUCAGCUAUAUCAGUAGAUCCCAACUUUGAACCGCCUGCACCUGAUGAUGUAAAGAAUGACCAUGUGACAGUAAUUGUGGCUGUGGUUGUGGUUGUAGUAGCAUUAUUACUUAUGCUUCUACUUUUAGGAAUCAUGCAGCAGAAAGGAUGUUUAGGACAUAAGACAUCCGAGGACAGCGAUCUCAAGGGUCUAGAUCUGCAAACAGGAUCGUUUACUUUAAGACAGAUUAAAUCUGCGACCAGGAAUUUUGACACAGCAAACAAGAUUGGAGAGGGUGGUUUUGGCUCUGUUUAUAAGGGCCUACUAUCAGAUGGAACAGUAAUUGCAGUGAAGCAGCUCUCCCCUAAAUCUAAGCAAGGCAAUCGUGAAUUUGUGAAUGAAAUUGGCAUGAUAUCUGCGUUGCAACAUCAGAAUCUUGUAAAAUUGUAUGGAUGUUGCGCUGAGGGAAACCAGUUAUUGCUGAUUUAUGAGUACAUGGAAAACAAUUGUCUGUCCCGUGCUCUUUUUGGACGCAAUGGGACAGGAAAAUUGAAACUGGACUGGCCUACCAGGCAGAAGAUAUGCCUAGGCAUUGCGAGAGGGUUGGCCUAUCUCCAUGAAGAGUCAAUAUUGAAGAUUGUGCACAGAGACAUUAAGACAAGCAAUGUGUUGCUCGAUAAGGAUCUAAAUGCAAAAAUAUCUGAUUUUGGACUGGCAAAGCUCUAUGAAGAUGAAAACACUCACAUAAGCACUCGAAUUGCUGGGACUAUUGGUUAUAUGGCUCCUGAAUAUGCAAUGCGGGGUUAUUUAACAACCAAAGCUGAUGUUUAUAGCUUUGGAGUUGUUGCAUUGGAAAUUGUCAGUGGAAAGAGCAACACAAAUUAUAGGCCAAAGGAAGAUUUCGUUUAUCUUCUUGACUGGGCCUAUGUUCUGCAAGAGAGAGGGAGCCUAUUGGAGUUGGUUGAUUCAGAUUUAGGUUCAGCAUAUUGUUCAGAUGAGGCAAUGGUGAUGCUGAAUGUGGCCCUUUUAUGCGCCAAUGCGUCCCCCACACUAAGACCUACAAUGUCUCAAGUGGUGAGCAUGCUCGAAGGCCAAACUCCUGUUCAAGACCUACUCUCUGAUCCAGGGUUUUCUAUCGUUGACUCAAAAUUUAAAGCCAUCAGAAAUCACUUCUGGCAGCACCCAAGCCAAACCCGGAGCUUCUCAACCAAUAGUCCACAAAUGGAUUCUUCCAUUUCGAAGAUAGAAAGGGAAGAAAGUGGCCAGCCUCUAAGAGUCUGUUCAGCUAUAUGUAAUCAGUAAGCAGUCUCAUGUAGUAUGAAUAUUAGAGGGAAAAGUCACUUUGUAUACGCCAGUCUCAAUGUGUCUUUAGCAUGUGGGAAAAGUCCCUCUGCUUCUCCAAAUUUUCUAAAUGAUUGUAGUCAUUAGUAUCAAAUUAAUACGUAAAUGAUAUGCAUUUGUAGUA